UCAUAGGGUUUGAAUAAGGUCUGUUAUAGUUUUAGACUUCAGGGUUUACACGUUACAGCAAUGAGCAGAAAAAGGAACCCAAACUUUAGUGAAAUGGAACUCCAAAUACUUUUGGAUAAUGUGGAGAAAAAUAAGGACAUUAUUUUUAGUAAACAUUCAAAUGUUGUAACCAAUAUUUCCAAAAAACGAGUUUGGGAGGGGAUUUGUGAAAAGGUUAAUGCUGUGUCUUCGGGACACACUAGAACCGUAGACGAACUUCGAAAGAAAUGGUCAACCUAUGCCAGUGACACGAAAAAUAGGAUUUCCUCAAAUCGGAAAGAGUCAGUGAAGACCGGGGGAGGAAUGGCACCUCCUGAGCUUACGCCGCUUCAAGAUAAAAUUGUUGGUAUUAUGGGGCCCACGGCGAUCGAGGGAAUUUCAGGAGGUUUAGACACUUGCGGGGAAUUCGAGGAUGCAUGCAGCAGCCUCAGCUCUGCUUCAACUAUAAGUUUACAAGAUAAACCGUCUACCAGUGGGAACAAUGAAAUGGAUCCACCCAAAAAAGUGUCCUCCAGGAAGCGCCAUAUACAGGAUGAGGACAAUCAAAGCUCCCAAAGAUUAGUCGCAAUUGAAGAAGAGAGUUCUUGUAGAGAAGGAGAGACUUUCUAUUGA